AUGAAACUCGCAGUUGCAGUAUUGUCGUCGAUACUGCUUGCAUGCUCGGUUACUAUUGCCAAUCCAAUUGAUCCCAGUGAAACUACAGAUGUUGAAACUAUCACUUCAACCGUCAUUCCCAGUGAAACUACAGAUGUUGAAGCUAGCACCUUGCCAACUCCUAAUCCAAACGGUAUAGGUUUAGAUAGUCUUGAUCCACUUUCAGAUAGCAUCAAGGAAUUGCUCAAAGAAUACCAGAGAAAACAUGUUAGUCUUGAAGAGCAAGUAAAAAAAUGUGAGCUAUUAAAAUCUCAAUACAAAGAUCAACAGACAAUGGUAAAGCACGCAAAGAGAAAGCUUCAUGUUUCGAAACAUAAAUCUCUAAGAGACGGUGGCAAUCGGAAGCAUGGUAAUGAGAUUUGGGAUAAUAUGCGUGAUAUUAAAACCCAAGAAGCCAAACUUGCCGAUCUUAAAAAAAGCUACAAAGACUGCAAGUCCAAGUAUAGUAUUUUUACAGCUGGACUGGAUCACAUCAAAAUGCUACUCGUGGAUUAUGUUUUCGGAGAAUCUUGGGAUCUUGAAUCACUUGAUCAGCAAUCUAGUCUUAUCACCACACAUCCUUCCGUUAAUACGUACCUUGAACAACUAUCAGUAGAAUACCAGAAGCUUCUUGAUCAAAUCUCUAACGAACGGCAACAACAUAAAGAACUUAGUGAUCGAGAACGAUUUAAACAACUUAUCGAACAGCAACAACGUAAAGAACCUAGCAAUCAGCAACAACCUAAAGAUUCGUAA